GACUACUCUUUCCAUCUUCAACGUUGCAACGGGCUAGAGUUGCUGCUCUUGCGCCCUCGCACUCUGAGCAUCAUGCACCUCAGGCGAACAAGAUUGGUGUUUAUCUUCGUGGCACUUGCGCUCUUGGCUCUGGUAUCAGCCUCACCUCCUCACCAACCUGCCUCCCCUCUCGCUCCCAGAAAGAAGCCAUACGUCGCGCAACCGGCCGAGGGAUAUGAGUGCACGCCUUUUGGCGUUUGCGAGGCAUGUCCCGAGGACGAGCGGCAUCAACCGUUCUGCCAGCCUUUCGGCAAUCGGCGCCUGCUGCACUGCAAGAAGGCCGGGGGAGAGGACAAGGGCGUGACGCCCGCUUGGGAGGCGUGCGGGAAGGUCAUCAAGAAAGAGCAACGCGACUUCUACGAGUUUGUCACGGCGAACGUAUUGCUUCUCAUGGUGUGCCUUACAAUCUUUGCGGUGCGGACGAGCGCGCUCGCAACGCAGCAGUACCGCCAGCUUGCGGCACGCAUCGGUAUCCCGAGCGGAGCGUGGAGGACAUAGCGCGAUCCGACAUGAGCGUGGGUGAAGGUGAACACGGGCGUUGAGACGUCAUGAUCGGGCCCUUGCGCGGGUUUGUGCGAGCGCACUCCGAUGACACGCUCAUGCAAACGCCGUCCACCAUACCUGACACGUCAGCUUGGCAGCUACGCGACGCAAUAUGCUGGCGACCGCUGGCAUUGGGAGGACAAGCCCGACCUCAGAUGGCCGCAGCCUAGAGCGACCGAUCUUGAACUACACACGCCGUUUAUUCUCCUAAGUGUGCGGAGCAAUGUUCCCGUCAAUGUUGUAUGCAUGUAACAAUUCUGAUCAAGC